AUGCAAGCUGCUCCAGCCGAUGAUAACUCCGGGAAGAGUGAAUGGAAGAUAAGACUAGAAACAAUACAGGGCUUGAUUAGGGAAGAGCCAUCCGUGGCCAUUGCGUCAGUUAGCGAUGUGUUUCCCCAGUCACUCAGAGACUCGAACUUGCUCUGUCUGAGUGCUGCACUGCAGCUACUUGAGCGGAUUAAGGACGAGCCAGAAUUGCACUCUUGGCCCGUCUUCUACGAGAUUGUUUCUUUGCUGAUCUAUCCUUGUUGCAUCCAUUCCAAGAGUAAUGUGCGUGCAAUGUCGAUGGCUCUGCUCCUAGAUUUCGAGAAGCGGUCACACGAUAUAGUCAUGGGAGUGGUAACUAGUACAGUUCAGAGUAGCAAUCCGACUCAGGCCAAGGCAGCGCUGAUAGCUCUUACAGAGCUUAUCAAACAACAAAUAGAGCACUCAUCGGCACGGGGAAAGCAACUAGACUUCACCGACGUGAUUUUUCUGCUAAUUCAGACUCUCCAGGCCAAGGAACCAGAGGUUAGAAAGGCGUCGCAGGAGGCAAUUGCACAGGUACUCACGCUAGACUCUAAGGACGCUCAUGAUCUGAUGGGGAUACUAGAGUCAGAGCUCCCUAAAGCACACUUCCAGGCACUUCUUAGUGCAAUAGCAGAUAAAACGAAGGAAGUGGACCAGGGAGGUGGACCAGGGGGGCAGCGAGGGAUGAAAAAAGGUACCACAGGGCCUAGACAAGGAAGGGGGGAUGCUAGGCCUGAGAACCCGUCUUCAGCCCUGCUGCAAUCUUCAGUAGACGGGGGUACCCCUGCACUCCAAGACUACUACUUUCCUACAGUUGACCCUGGGUGGGAAACGAUUCUCCAAAACACUUCUUCGAAGUGGGAGGAGCGAUGCAAUAUACUAAAACAGAUCUAUGACGAUUUAGCCAGCCACCCGCAGCCAAGAAUCCCUCCGACAAACUCGUGGAGCAAUCUUACUAAAAUAGUAAAGCACCUGGUUGACAAUGAAUCUAAUAAUGCGUGCUGUAUUCAAGCUAUCAGGUUGCAAGGACUCAUGGGAAGCGUAAUCGAAGCGUUUCCUCCCCAACUUGCUAAGCAAUUUUUUCAGUCUUUAAUAGGAAAGCUCAGAGAAAAGCGGCCCGCUAUUGUGUCUCACUGCAACAAAUCUAUGAUGGCUCUGUUAAUCAAUAAGAUAACGCUCACAGAGGCCAUGACCGACGUACUAGCUGCGCUCAGCAGCAAGUCUCCCGACCAACGACAGGAAAUGCUGAUCUUUCUUAAGCACUGCUAUGGAUUCUCAACAGAACUGGGGGUUAUGACCAAUGUUUCAUCCUUUCUAGAAGAUUCAUUCGAAGGGUACUCUUAUUACUUAAAGGCUUCGGGUCUCAAUAUUAGGAGUAAGGAUCAGUUGCAAAGCUUUAUCGACUCCUUCAGGUCUAGGAUCACGUUAACUACAAAGGCUCUUGGAGCCCUUAGCAAAGCAUCAAUGGGGCUUGUUUGCGAUGCGUCACAAGGGAUCCGUAACGCUUGCACCGAGAUGCUUUCUGCGUGCUGCAUUCAUCACAUCCAGUCUCCGCAACAUUUGCAGGUCCUUUCUGACAUCCUUUUCCAGCCUAUGAUAGGAUAUCAGAAGAAUGCCCCUGUGUCCACCAUCAUGGCCGAAAUUAUGCGCUUCAAUGCGCUGUCCACUGGUGGUUCGUCGACCGAGGUCCAGAGGUUGAAAAGUCUUGUUUUGAGUAUUCAGGCCGCAGUCAACUCUGGACUUAUUCCUAAUGUAGAUCCCCAUCCUCCUACUGCCCCUGCCACCACAGCAGCAACUCCUGUCUCAACCACUGCCCGCACAAGGUCUCCUGGGGUUACUCCAGGGAUAAGGCGCACUCCGUCUCGUCCAGGGUCAAGCGAGCUGGCAGACAGGAAGUCUCCACAAAUACAGGUGUCGCGUACUCGCCAAACAACAACGCCCACCACCAAGCAGCGUGUCGUUAGUGGGACGCCUACUGUACCUACUGUGCCCAGCCUCAGUGGCAAUGUGGCUGGCACUACUCCCAUCUCUACUAGACCCCCGCAAAACACGCAUAAGAUAUCCGAGCUUCUACUCAAUCCCCUCGAUGUCAUCUCCGAAAGCCUUAUUCUCGCUGAUUUUCUGGCAAAACCUUAUCGUCUUUCUAGCAUCCUCAUUGACCUGACCAACACUCUCCUGCUGGCAGGACCUGAAAGCAUAUGCCUGUUAAAUCUACAAGAGUUUAUAGACGGCCUGUUUGUGACAGCCUGUGAGCUUUUUAGGAACUUCGAUAUCAAUCUGCUGCAGCUGGAUAUGGCAUCCAUUAAUCACUUCUUAUCCUUAGCCUGUGACUUUGCUUCCAAGUGCACCAUUCAUGAUCUUCUAACUUUUUUACAUUCAAAGGGAACAGCCUGCAAUUCUCUCUACGUGCUUAAGAUUUCGCCCCAUUCGUCUGGUACUGCGGAAGGACUUACCUAUCGUAUGAUCCAAGCAACCUUUGUGCAGCUCUUUGAGUUCUUCUGUCGAUACUGUGUCCUUUUAUUUUCUUUAUCCUUUAGUACUGCCAAUCCAUUUCCUAAUUCAAGUUUAUUGUUGCCCCCAGACCUGUUUACCAAGAUUGCUAAGACCUUAGAAACUCUUCUUGUGAGCUUUUUUACACCCUCUCUGCCAGGCUUGACUAAAAACUCUAUCGACACUAUAGCUCCUGUGCUUGUGCGAAUUGUGCUUCUUCUGAAAGCGUCAACUGGUGACUGUCCUCCCACCUCAAAAGACAGUGAUUGUACGGAAGCCCUUACCACGAUAUCGAACACCAUCUUUCCUCUGUUUGUUAGUCUAUCACAAGAGCCCAGACAUGUGUUUAACCUCACUUCCAGUGAGGUCUUACUACUCUCGGAUCCAGACAGCCUUCAGGUUCCAGUCAACAUUGUCGAGCUCUCAAACUGCAUAAGGUCUAUCUGCUCCGAGAUGAGCAGUAAGAAUGUGCCUCUGUUCCCUUCUGUCAAUCAAAGCACUAGUAUUUCCUGGUGUCUCACCACCACUAUUGAUUUCCUGCGCAUGUAUGAGCGAGAUGAGCGAGCACUCGAGUCCUUACAGUCGCUGUUUAGAACCUUUCUCUUAGUUUUGCAAAAGGAUGUGCCGUUUACUGUGCUGUCUGCGCAAUUCUCGCAUGGCUGUCCUCCAUCUGUUCAAUCCAUCAUUGCUUCUAUGAUACCCUUCCAUGACGUCGAUACAAAGCUAUCUAAGAUCAUCUCUCAGCUUUCUGUACCAGAAGAAGAAAUCAGCAAGUCGACUGAACCGGUAAUUACGGCCAUGAAGCUGCUCAUCAACCAUGUGCGCGACCACAAGGAGCUUUUACACUCUUCUCUUUGCCGACUUCUUGUACAGCUGGUUGUACGCAUCUUAAGGAUACAUAGGGAUAAUGCUAUUGGAGUCAUACAGCCAUGCAUUGGAGCAAGUCUUGGGGUAAGCCUGAGCAAGAGUGCUAUCAGCGCACUUAAUACAAGUGUCAAUGAGCACAUAGGAUCUAAGCUGGUCUAUCGCCUUGUACGCUACGCAGCAAUUGUACUGCUGGAAUGUGUUGAGUCACAAGGGUGUUCAAAGUUUCUGAGCAGCCAUGACGCGGCGACCAUUCUUGUUGAGAUAGGCUACUUUUGUAACAGGUCAUUGAUUCAAGGGCUUUUUGUUGAUGAGACAGAGGAGAUUGUGACUGACGUUAUUGAGCUUUACAUCGGGAUAAUGAUGUCUCUACUUUCUAAUGGAAACAUCGAGACGCUCGCUAAAGCAAAUAUGAGUCUACUCCUAGAGGUCUAUGUGACCCUUAUGAGCUUUACCUGCGACUAUUUUGUUGCACGGCACAGCAAUGACGCAGAAGACCUUAAUGCAGAAAUUACGGCAAUGCCCGCGCUUGUCUUUCGGUUUAUUCCUGAAAACCUUGCUCAGCAUGGUUCAUAUUUAUUACACUUGCAAAACGAAGUCCUUACAAAAAUGUUUAUACCCAUUACAGAUUCCUUACAAAGCCAGAUCAAUCCAGCGCGCAAAGAACUACAAGGUGAUAGCAAUGGAUCAGCCACGAUGCAGCUCGAUCCACUGAAGUUCAUUCAGAUGCUUGCCACCUGCUUCAAUACUGCUUGUGACCACGUCUUGACGUAUCUUCAAUUAGAGCACGGGGUUUCUCCAGAAAAUGUCUUCUAUCUACUUAAUCCAGACACAAACAAGGUAUUUGCAGAUAUGUAUCACCGCUCCUAUGAACUUUACGGCGUGGACAGCAAGGAUGUUCGCCUCUGUUUGCGCUUUGUGAGAUCAAUGACAGAAACGUAUGUGAAGUCGACAAUCGGCAGUGGCAUCAUUGACCAACUAGAGAUCAUCCCUCCUUAUUAUGAGAUAUUCCUUACCAGUCUAGGAUAUCCAGGAACUGGAUACAGCAUAUCUCAUAACAGCGAUAACUCGCCAAUGUCACUGCAGGACAGUGCUUCAUAUUCUGAGGACAGGUCAAGGGAUAGUGCCACACCUGGUGCUCAAGCUGCACGACUGAUUGGGCCCCCCUCGCUGCAUAAUGAUGUUGCCCACCAUGCGGCAGCAGAGAUUGCCAACUAUAUGAGCAGUGCUAUUGCAACCACUGAAUCUGCGAACGCAUCUAUCUCUAGACAUAAAUCCAAGAUCCCUGGAUUUGAGAGCGGCGCAAGUAAGGUCGAGAGAGAGCGUCUAGUAACUGCCCCUGCCGGGUUCUCAAGGACUACAAAGCAGGUCUCUCUAAAGGCGAACUUGUCUCUUCUGCAGACUUCCCCCAAGGAGGCCAUCACUCAGAUUCACGAGUACGCCCUGCGGGAUGCUGGUCUAGAUAGCAAGGCAACCGGAACGGAAGAGGAGGGAGAGUUCACUGCAUAUUUAGAGGGAAGCCUGGCUCCUCUUUUAAUUAGCUCCUAUAAUAUGGGGGAGAGCUCGGUGAUGAAGCUCUUAGUAUCUCUCAAAAAGCAACACUCCAUCUGGAUAGCUGAGAAUAAGAUCAAUGUAAUCAAGACGGCAAGGCUAAGCAAAACCGGUAAAGUGAAGGGAUCUAUUACGGAUACACCAGGUCACUCACAGCACGCGUAUAUGGAUUGCCUAAAUGCAUUGGAAGCAGAACUAAAUAAGAACUCUAAAUGA